AAAGAAAUAACGGAUAGGAAGAUUUAUCCAUAACCAUAACUAACUAACUAAGCUUGACUUGAAUGAAAAAUCUGGGUUUAGUGUUCUCUCUCUCUCUCUCUCCAAAACCAUAAACCAUGUUUGCUCUGAACAUCAAAACAUGGAAAUUAUUACCACCAACAGCACCAUGCUUCAGUAACCGUAGCCACCGUGCAUCAACACUUAGCACGGUGAGAAUGCAAAAACCGCAAAAACCUCCGUCUACCUCCAAACCCCGCAGAAAAUCCUACGGAACUUCUAGAAAAUCAAUUCUCAAAAAAACCUUCCAACAAGAACAAGUCACUUUCACCGCCCCUUUCUCCGACGAAUCAGUCGUUGCCAUAAUCGGCGGUGGCAUCGCCGGUCUCAUUUGCGCCAUUUUCUUAGACAAACGCGGAAUUCGCUCCACCGUUUUCGACACCGGUAUUCAUGGUUUAGGAGGAAGAUUAGGAACAAGGGUUAUUGAUGCUAAUAAUAAUCCUUUGAUUUUUGACCAUGCUGCUCAAUUUUUUACUGUCAAUGAUUCUCGUUUCGCUGAACUUGUUAAUGCUUGGUUGGAUAAAGGUUUGGUUCGAGAAUGGAAGGGUACUGUAGGGGAACUUCACAAUGGUGGUGAAUUUCUUCCAUUUUUACCCUCUCCUCCGAGAUAUAUAGCUACUAAUGGAAUGCGCUUCCUUGCUGAUUCGUUACUAUCCGAGACUCGCUUGGUGAAUGUUGAGAGACCGCGCUGGAUCAGUAAAUUGGAGCCAUUUAAUGGAAUGUGGCACUUGAGUGAAAAUGGGAAACCUUGUGGGAAGUUUGAUGCAAUUGUUGUUGCACACAAUGGAAAAUGUGCAAACCGCUUGCUUAUGACAUCGGGUUUGCCAUUAAUUGCAAAACAAAUGAAGAGGUUGGAGUUGAGUUCAAUAUGGGCCCUUCUAGCAGCAUUUGAGGACCCUCUUCCUUUUCCAGGGACGACAGAAGUUCCUUUUGAAGGAGCUUUUGUGAGAGGAAUUGAUUCAGUGUCAUGGAUGGCCAAUAAUACUAAGAAACUAUUAGCUUCCCCAAGUGAUGGUCCUAACUGUUGGACCUUUCUAAGCACUGCUGCUUACGGAAAACAGAACAAGGUUCCACAGGAAAAUAUCCCUACGGCUACAGCAACAAGGGUAAAGGAAGGCAUGCUAGAGGGUGUUGAGGCUGCCCUCGGAUUAUCUAAAGGGUCACUUCCUAAACCUUUUUAUACGAAGCUCCAACUAUGGGGUGCAGCUCUUCCAACUAACACACCUGGAGUUCCUUGCAUAUUUGAUCCCCUUGGAAGGGCUGGGAUAUGUGGUGAUUGGCUGCUAGGUUCUAAUAUAGAGGCAGCAGUAUUAAGUGGAAUUGCUCUAGCUAACCAUAUUGCAGACUAUAUCCAAAGUCCCGGAGCUGACCCUGGACAGUUUGCUGUUGGUUUGAAUCAUGACUUUCAACCACUGGAAGGCCAUGAUAUUGGACAAUUCCCAGGUCUGGGGUCAGAAGGAAAGAUGAAUGAAGCCCAAGUAUAUGAACUUGCCAAGUAGGCUAUGGUGCUCAUAAAGUAGGUCUCCCCUUUGGUAACAGAAGAUUCACUGUCAUACCCAUGCAAAGGGAAUUCCCCUGAAAGUAACAUCAGUGGUCUCAAGGGAAUAUUUAACUUGAAACUCAAACUCUCCGUUGGAGGGAAAGGGGCCUUAUACCCCUCAACAGCUACACUUAUUGACAGAAGUUGUAACUUACUUGCCUCUUCGAAAGAAAGAGACAGUGACAUUAUUUUAUUAUUGGGAAUUUGGGAAUGAAAUUUUAAGAAAUUAGUAGUUCUCUUUUUCAUCCA